GACAAGCUCACCACACAGCCAGAACAGCACCUGCUGUAAAAGCUAACUGCCACGCUGCUACCUCAACUCCUAUGGGGCCUGGAUCCUAUAAACUGAGCCAACUCUCAGCAGCUAAAAAUUAAGGAGUUUCUGCACAAGCUGCUUUGAAGAUUUGCAACAGGUGGGUAUUUUCGAUCUCAUCUGAGUUUUAAAUCGUCUUGGGAGCAAGAGAGCUUCUUGUACAUUACCAGCAGCUGUCACCCUGGAAUAUUCAGUAUUUCACAUAACCAGCAAAAUAUAAACACUGGAAGAGCACUGGAUGCUUUAAGGUAACAUUGUAAAAUUGAACAUGAAUUAAAACAGGAGCUAGUUCUCAGAAUUUUUAAACUAACCACUGAUUACCAUGUCUUCCUUUUAAAAUGUUUGUGAGUAGUAAUGUGCACUCUUUUUCCUUUCUGGAGGACAGGAAUCAGCAGAAGUGACAUGAAGUAUCAGUGCAGUUCUUCUUCUCUGAUUCAAAAACUUUAGAGUACGGGUCAUCCAACAGGACAUCUGACUACAUGUACUGUUGCACUGGAAUAAAGAAAUUACUUCCGGAUUUUUUUGAAUAUACUUUCCAGAACUCUGCCACGCAACUAUGUCAGAGGGCAAAUUUCAAAAUGACAUUUUAAAAUAUGUGACUCACUCAUCCUUUUCUUUGAAAGAAAAAGCCUUUGAGCUUCAAACAACAAGAUUAGAUGAGGAGGAGAGUAACCCUGCGCUGGCUGAUGAUUCCUUGGAUGACUCAUCAAGUUCAUAUUGCACUGCCCUUUGUUCACUCAGUGAGUACAGUGAGGCUUUGGAAGACGAAACACAGACAACCUGUACUGACCCACCAUGUGAGAAUGCUUCAACUGAGUCCUCACAAUCUGUAGCUGUUUCAGGACGAACAUUGACAAACUCUUCACCUAAGAACACUGAUCUACUUCAAGACCUCAAAACAAAACAGAAGGAUGGUAAAGGAACUUCACAGGAUGUUUUAAGUAAAGAACUACUAUAUGGCCAAAAUAAAGUUUCUGCCAAAAAUCCUGUUUUGAUAGAAUCAAAACAAUUUUCAUCAAGCCCUAAAAUAACAAUUUUAAACGUGAAUCUUAUAAAUAUAAAUACUGUAGAUGCUGACCAAGACAGUACUCCCACCAGUACACCUAACCCCACACCACAGGAUUAUUUCAAGAAGAAUGCUACUCAAAGUGAUACCAAACCUGUUCAGAAUGUUGGCUCCCUGGAACACAAAAUUACCCCAAACACUAUUUUGACCAGAAGUAAAGGAAAGUACAACCAGGAAAGGAACCAAGAACACAGUGAUAUUAAGCCAGAAGAACACCCCACAACACUUCAACAAAGCUCCAGAAAUGAUCACUAUAAACCCAGCACUGAGUUCAAACUGGACAGUGAUGAAUCUAUCAUCAGGAAAAUGAAAUGGGAGGGGGAGGAGCAGGGUCUAGGAGUUGGAAAGGAGCAGGCAGAGCUGUCACUCAAUGCUGGAAAUAGAAAACCGCCUGCAAGCUGCACAUCAACACUCACAGCCAACAAGCAGAAGUCAGGAAUCCUGCCACGUUGUUAUUCCAAAAGUCUCCUCGCAACCAGGAACCAACACCAGUCCCAGAGCCCUCCUGUUUCCCAGAGGCUAAAAAAGCAGAACGGACAAGGCAUCGGGCUGUCAACAUCGCUUCCACCAACACCCUGCAGUAGCUACAGGCAACACUGCAGCUCUGCAGACAAUACCAGAGGAAAAUUCAGCAUGGCUACAAAGGUAGCUGGGACAACCACGGAAGUAAGAGGCCUUGCUGCACUGGAAUAUACAAGAUCAUCAUGUCCUGAAACGAACUACCUGGAUGUUUUGAACUCCACCUGUUGGUCCUCAACUCAGCAGUAUUCUGAUAGAGACUUUUAUGAUUGGUCCAAAGAUGUCUUCAAGGUGCCAGUGAUACCAGCAAACAACAAUAACACUUCAGCAUGCUCUGAGGCUAGCAGUUUUGAAUGCAUUGAUGUGGCCUUGGAAAACCAUGAAGAAGUGGACAGAAUUGCAAAAACAGUACCAAAGCGACAGAUUCAGCUGAAAAGACGGGACAACGUAGAGUCUCAUGCUAGUGAAAAAGACAUUAUUCCAUCUACACCUAGCCGGCCUCGGGACCCUCUACAGCGUCAGCAUAGUACCCCUGCUGCCUUUCAUCAGGACUUGCAUGGAUCCGAAACAAAGUUUGGUCAAACUGAGCAAAAGAAGAAGCUUCAGAAAUCAUUAUCAUUGGAUGAAACGUCCAGCAAAACCAAAAUGGCUUCCUGCAUCAUUAAAAAUGUCCUGUCAAAGAGGAUGCAACAUGAACAGAACCUUCACAGUGUGGAUGUUCCUGAUCAAACCUUCUGUCCUAUCAAAGCAGAUGGCACAGUCAAUAAUAUUGAUUACCUAAGCUCUUGUGCUAAGGAAGAGUGCACUGAAAGUAAUAAAGUGAACCUGGCUACAGUUCCUCUUUUAAGUUGCCGUACUUCAGCUCAGAGUCCAGUGCUGAAGACUGACUCCCAGACAAUGAGCUCUAUCAAAGAACAUAUCAGUGUCAGCUCCAAAAUACUUCCUAAAUUGAUAACCAAACACAGUUUCAACCCUCUGCUUGGAGGCCUAGGCAGGACGCAGUUUCAGGGAAGUGGUACUGAAAUAGCUGCGUAUUCUGAAGCGGAAGAAGAGAAGCUGAGUCCCAGUAAGGAGGCAAACCAGGGCAGUGGAGAGAAGCUAUCCUGUGACUCAGCAAAGGGUAAAGCAUGGAACUUGAGUGCAGUGACAGGCGGAGCUGUUGGCAAACAAGCCACAGUGAAAACUACACCUGAGGAAUGUGUCAAUGUGCAGGCAUCCCAGAAACAACAUUAUGUCAAGGAUCAGCCCAUUGAGAAGCAAGAGAAACCAGGUGAGAACAAAGAAAGCACACAAAGUCCCACAGUGUCUGCCUGGCUAGCUUGUAGUCUGGAUGCAAAGAUAGUGGAUAAUGUCCUGUCCCAGUCUGUUGAGUGUAAUCUGAAAAAAGAUCAGGAGAGUGGCAAGGGAGAACUCAGGCCCCCUGGGCAGUCAGUAAAUAUGGGCAUUCAGAGCCAAGGAAAAUUCAGAGCAAUAGCCCCUGUGCAUGUGGUGAGGGAUAUGCGGAGCCUAGUGAAAAACACAUACAGUCUAUCAUUCCGGGGGCUCUCUGAAGCAGUACAAGGGCUAGAUGACACAGUUCCUAGUUUUGCAACAGCAGCACCCCAUCCAGUUAUCAGCAAAAGGGAGAACAAAGUGAAGGGACACAAGCAAGAUGAGAAAUUACAUGUGCCAAAGGCAACUCUACCUCUUGCACUGGACACAGUCAUGGAUUUGGCCUCUCUUGAUACCACUUCCAGAGAAUUUGCAACACAAGCUGACUCUAUCCUGGAAUCAAAUGACAAAAUUCCCCAUACUGGAUUUACAAAGGUCAGCCCAAUUAGUGCAGCCCAGACAAACAGUUGUGGAUUGUCAAAAUCCCCAAAGGCACAGGACAGUCAAACAGCUGUCAGCCAAACAAAUGUCCAAUGUAGCAACACAUACAUGAAAAAAACAACUUGCGCAAACAUGCCAAUACAAGCUCAUAAGGGGACCUUAACUAACACAUCUGAAAAUGAGCAGUCUGCAGACACCAGGAACCCAGAAUGUGAGAAACCUAGAAACUUUGCUGUGCAUCCAACACAGCCACUGGCAACUGCAUCACUGUAUUGUCUACCUGUAGAAAGUUCUGACCAGCAGGGUAGUUGUAAGAUCUCCAACCAAGUAUGCUCUGCAGAAAAAGAUGGUCAACAGACUCCAGGCCUACCUGCCAAAUCACAAAACUCAGCUGGGCCUCCUUCUGCCUGCAUCUUAACUGUUGCUCCAGCACCAGUGUUCCCGUCAUAUUUCUACAAACCUAAUCUACUAGGCUACCAGACAAUCUCUCCAAACAUGGGUACAGUUAGUUAUGUUCAAGGCCCAGUCUUGCUGCAAACGCCACCUGACAACCAGCCUGCUACAGCAAGUGGUCCUGUCCCCUUGAUGAAAUCGUUAUCUGUGGAAGGAAGACUGCUAUCUCAGCCAUGCAUGGCAGAUGGCUACCCAGUACAGCAAGAGUCAUCUAAGCAGAUGGAGAAUGGAGAUACCAGCCAGAAAAUGCCUUCUCCAGAUACCCAGCCCUGUACAGCUUUCAUCACAGCCUUGGGUGCUGAGGGCAUACAUGGGGGUGCUAGUAUGUUGUAUCCGGAAAUGGGUGGAAGUCAGCAUGUGUCAAAUCCUCGACACAUGCUGCUAGACCCUGAAACCGGCCAGUGCUUCUAUGUAGACAUGCCACAACUGCCACAACGCAAGAUGCUCUUUGACCCAGAAACCUGCCAGUAUGUUGAGGUUGUAGUUCCACAGCAAACUUUGUCCAGUACUGUUAUGACAACCCCCUGUGCCAUACCUUUCCCCUCCCUUCACAUCCCAGCCAUGUACACUCCACACUGCCUGUCUUAUGUCCAGACACACCAUCGGGUGCUGCCACCACCAGAACCUUGAGAGUUGAUACAGAGGGCUGUACAGGCUGUUUGAACUGGUUGACCCACGGACUCCUAGUUCUGGAUACAGAAUAUAUAGAAUUUGCAUAAUGUUUUAUAACAUUGCAUCAUGUUAAUAAUUUGCAUACCUGAGCACAAACUGAUAUAUCUACCUCUAGGAUUAGUAGCUGUCAUUGCAUUAAUUCUUCAUUGAAGGAUGCACACAUACACACAAUUAAACUACAUAGCCACGCUGAAUGAAAGCCAUCAAGAUAAAUGUAAGAUAAAUGUAAUCAUACAUGAAACCCCAUCUUUUUUUAUUUCAAAAACAAAUUUUCUUUUCUCUCUAUAUUUCUACAUGAGCACCAAGAACAUGUCCUCAUUUACUGGAAUUUUGCACAUUUUAUUGCAUUUGUGAGAAUAUCUGGUCCUCCCAGUGUAGAAACAGGAGUUCCCCAAUUCAAUAGUGAGUGUGAUAGAUGAAGGCGCUUCACUCAAGAAUCUUUUCCAAGUACUUUUGAGUGUUUGACAUGCAUGGGUAGGUAUGGGUAUCAAUGGGGCUUAGAUCAAGUAAUGUACAUUAUUGAAUAUACACACUGAUAGAAACACUUGCUUUGUACCACUUAUAAGAGAACAACUAUGAGAAACCUGCACAGUGUAUUUUGUACUAGAAAUCAUGUAUAUUGUCGGUAUCAUUUAUAUUAGAAAUGUUUCUUAAUACUUUAAAAAUAUAUGUUUGGUCACUUUUCUAUGGAACCUUACAGAUGAGUUAUUCAAUUUGGGAAGUCCAUAGUCUUACUAAUGGCCACUUUAAAAAAAAAAGAAAAAAAAAACCUCACCAGACUUCUGUUAUGAAUGCUGUGAAUGAGGAAAUGUAGAUCUGUCUAUAUUUCCUUUACAGCAAUAUAAUCAAUUAAAACAAUCACAAAGAAGUAGAUCCACAGGUUAGCAUGUAAAUCAUGGUGUAUGGUUCCAAUGCAAGGCACUAUCAUGCAUUAAGAAAAGGACUAAAUGAAAUAAAAUGCUUAAUAUUGUAUUUCAAUAAGAUGUAUGACAUUGUAUUGGCAUGUCAACCAUUUUUAAGUCUUCCUGAAUUUCUAAUUUUUUUGGUCAAUAUUCAAUCUUUGUAUGUAAAAUUAAAAUAAAACAAAUAACUAAUAAAAACGUGCAACUUA